AACGCAAAAUCAGUGAGAUGAAGUGGACAGGAAUUCUAACAAUCGUGUCUAUAAUGGCACUACAGCCAUGCUCGGCUGGUUUCUGGGAUCCUGUUCCACUUGACAGCACCCCAAAAACGCCCGCACCUCCCGCUAGACUCGACUACAAACUCUCAUUCAAAGAUCCUUUUUACUACAAUGGCUCAAUUCCUUUCUGGAAAGCAAGCGAUAAUGUCAUCAAAUCCGAUGAUUUUCUUCGCUUGGCUCCUUCAGUACCUAACACCAGGGGCUGGGUGUGGUCUGAACGUCCAAACCCAUAUCCUGAAUGGGAAGCAGAAUUAGUCUUUCGCGUAACUGGUACUCAGAUUCACGGUGGAAGAGGCUUGGCUUUUUGGUACACUAAAGACUCUAUGGAGGAUGGCCCUGUAUUUGGUUCCAAGGAUAAGUGGGAUGGGCUGAGUAUCUGGCUUGAUUCUGCUAACCCAAAGACACACACACCAACUACUAUGGUUUUAUUGAAUGAUGGCACAGUUGCGAUGGCCUCUGGAGGGGUUGAUCCUACAAAGCAUAUGUUGGGUUCCUGCUCUAUAAAUUAUCGUAAUACUCCUGGCCCGGCAUUUCUUCGAGUUACCUACAAAGACAAGACAUUAACGGUUUCUAUCGAUUCAUUGGGUAACGGCCAAGACUUCCGCCUCUGUUUACAAAAGUCAGGCAUCAAACUUCCUACUGAUUAUUACUUUGGUGUUUCGGCUGCUUCACAUUCACCUGCUGAUGACCAUGAUGUUAUUUCCUUUGAGCUCAAACAGCUCAACCCACCCGCAAAGACGCAGACUUUAAAGCGGCCGAUGGAGGACGCCAAAAUCAAACAGGGAGAGGAGUUUAAAGAGAUUGACAAGGAGCAAAAAAAGAAAAUAGAAGCUGCUGAAUUUCAUAUCAAGCAAAUGAAAUCAGCUGCGGAAGGAGAUGAAGUCAAAGGGGAAACUACAGCCACUCUCGCCGCAAUCUUUGACACUCAGCGUAGAACAAUGGAAAACUUGGUACUUGUCCAAAUGCAAAUUGAAGCUUUGGGCGCACCUACACCCGAAAUGUUGAUCAAAGGCCAGGUUCCUCCAAAAGACACCACAGAGUCAUUAAAAGACAGCAAGAAUAAUGUGGAUAACAGUGCGGUUUUAGACGAGAUUAAACGUGUGGCAAGUGAAAUUCAAAAGGAAUCUGAAAAGAACAUUGCUCGCAUUGAAGCCAUUUCCCAAGAACACGAGCGUAAAUUCAAGAGUGUUACUGACUCUUUAUCAGGGCUCGAACGUGUCCUGCAGUCCCUAGAUAGCCGUAUGAUUGUUCAAGUAAACACCAUGCAAACAAAGAUGAGUGAGAUGACUAGAGAGUCUGCAGAGACAAAGGGAACAAUGUCUAGUAUUGGAAAGUACAUUGUCUACGCUCUGCUUAUUCAGGGUUUCCUGGGAGUGGGGGUGUACUUUUAUUGGAAGUUACGUGUCGAAAGAAACGAAAAGAAGUUCCUUUAAAUAGCAAGUAAAAUGAACCCAAUUAUUACGUAAAAUACAAACACUGUUCUUUUUUUUAUUACCACUGUAAGAAUGAAAAAUAAAAAAUAAAAAUAAAACAAUAAACCCGCACACAGGGUCAAGAAAGC